GGGCCAACUGAAUUUAAGUGAAUCCAGGAUUCACCGUCUCAAUCAGGGAGAGACAGAGAAAGAAGCGAGCAGACAUGAGUUUGACGCAGAAGGACAAGGCUGCUGUCAAGGCGCUGUGGGCCAAGAUCUCCAAGGGAGCUGAUGCCAUUGGGGCAGAUGCUCUGGCCAGGAUGCUCGUCGUUUACCCCCAAACCAAGACCUACUUCGCCCACUGGCCUGACCUGAAAGCCGGCUCUGCCCCCGUGACGAAGCACGGGAAGAAGAUCAUGGGUGGAGUCGCUCAGGCCGUGGCAAAGAUCGACGACUUGGGCAGCGGCCUGCUGGAACUCAGCGAGCUUCACGCCUUCCAGCUGAGGGUGGACCCGGCCAACUUCAAGAUCCUGGCCCACUGCCUCCUGGUGGUCAUCUCCUCCAUGUACCCCAACGACUUCACCCCUGAGGCCCACGUUGCCUUCGAUAAAUUCCUCUCCAACGUGGCUCUGGCUCUGUCUGAGAAAUACCGCUGAGCCGGGCAGAAACACCGACGGUGCACGGAGAAAUAAAGAGCAUGCUGCCCGAUCUGUCUUAAUGUGUGGAAUCACUUUGAA